UGUGAGGCCCUUUCCACUCGUCGGAGCGGCAGCUGGAGGUAAGAAACCGGCACGAAGCGGGGAAGCGGUGAGAUAAAGAGCCUGACAAAAAUUCUUGGAGAAAUUACAUCCCUGUAGUUUAUGAAAUCGGCCAACUUUUAGACCAAGUUAGACAGUGAAACAACUUUUUAGACCUUCUACUAACCAAGAAAGAACCUAGCCUGCUUUUAUCGUAAUUGGAAUAUACACUUUCUUGUGCCAAAAUGGCAAGUUUUGGCAGGGGCCAGAGCAAUCAAAUGCGUACUAAGAGGAAGAGUCGUUUUCAUGAUGCAGACGCUGGAGGCCAUGCUGCAGGUCCACCUUUGAAUAUCCAAGCAGCUCUUGGGACAUUGUGCCAGAAUCCACACUUGGCAGGCUUAAUAAAUUCCGGACAGGGUCAGAGUUAUGGCCUACAUGGUACAGGACAGGGUCAGAAUUAUGGCCCACAGGGUGUGGGACCAGGCCAGAACUUUGGUUCGCAAGGUGUGGGACAGGGUCAGAAUUUUGGCCCGCAAGGUGUGGGACAAAGAGCUAAAGGUUUGAUGUCUUCAGCAGGUGGGCCCUCACGAUACAGCGAUACUGCUAGCAAUAGUUUGCCUUCCUUGUUUGGAGUUAGAAAUCAAAAUCAACAAUCUCAUGCUGUUCAGAAACAAAUUGAUGCAGACAGGGCAAGUAACAUUUUAGCUGCAUUUGGCCUUUCAUCCAGGGAUUUGGAUGAAUUGAGCCACUAUCCUGAAGAUAAACUUACACCUGAAUCCUUGCCAGAAAUUCUUAUGGAGAUUAAAAGAAGAAGGGCUAAUGAAGGAACAUCUUCAAAAUACAACAGAGGUGAUGGUUCUCUACGACAUGACCGUUCCUACAGAGCCUCUCAUGAUGACUGGGAGGAAGAAAGACAUUUUAGGAAACAUAAUUAUGGAAGUCGUGACUCCAGUCUUGACUCAGUGGUUGAAUAUAGCCACGGUCAUUCUUCUCGAGAGUCAAGUUCUAGAUAUGACCGGAAGGACUAUGAACGUGAACGAUUAAGAGGCAAUGAUGACUUUUCCAGAGAGGAAAUGCACCUCUCUGAGUCCUCGCACAAUUUCAAUAAAUUUGAUUCUGAUUAUGGAAGAGCUGCUCGUCUUCCUUCUCCUCGUACACAUGAAAGGUCUCUCUUUGAGAGAAAACGAGGAUCACCUUCAUUGAACAACAUAAAUGAUUACCAUGGUUUUUUGCCAGCAGUCUUCCCCUACUUGUGCUCGCUGUGUGAUCUAACCAUUCAUUCUGUACAGGAUUGGAAUCAGCACAACAAUAGUUCAACACACAGACGGCUUUGUGACCUACUUGUGGAAAUAUACCCAGAAUGGAACCCAGAUGCUUUCCAACCUCAAAUGGGCGAUCCACUUGUUCUACAAUCAACAAAUCUGGCUCCUGGUAUUUUGGGACCCCCACCAUCUGGAUCCUUCCUGACAUCCAACAGAGGGCUAGGAGGAAUGGAAUCACAUGGGGCAUCAAAUAGGAAAGGUCCUAUGGAUAACAAGCAAGGGAACAAUGUUCAGAGGAUAAAGAAGCCUCUCCGAAUGAAUGUAAAUGAUGAGCCUGGGCGAGUGGUUCACAUUAGCGAGUUGCAGCGAGGUAGAUGUAUGAAUCGUGACUUAAUCAAACUGGCUGAACCAUUUGGAAAGGUUACCAACUAUUUGCUAAUAAAGUCAAAGGGUGAGGGAUUUGUGGAGUUGGCCUAUCCUGAAGCAGCUCAAGCCAUGGUGAAAUUUUACCAAAUGAAACCUACUUUUGUGGAUGGCAAUGUCAUUAGAGCAGAACUGUCUCAGAAAUAUAAAAAGUUAACAAUAAAGUUGCAGAAAGGAGGAGGGGUUGCAGAGAACAGAGAGAAUGUCUGUGAUAGGAUGCAGUCCAAAGUUGUUAAGGGCAAAGAAAGUGAAGAACGCAGCCGAGUGGUCCACAUCAGUAACUUGCCUUCUGUUGGCUACUCUGACUCAGAAAUUGUGCGCCUUGGUACACCCUUUGGCAAAGUGACCAACUACCUACUGAUGAGAGUUAAAAAUCAGGUUUUCCUAGAAAUGGAAACACACCAUAUAGCGAUGACCAUGAUUGAGAAGUUUAAGAAAGUACCUCUGAUGUUCCAUGGCAGAGAACUGAAAGUAUAUUUGUCUCAAAAAUACAAGAAUCUUGUGUUAAGAAAACAAGGUAGGGGUGUUGACGAACUGCUCGGAAACAGAGAACGGGAAAACCGGAAAAGGGGUCGUUCUCACAGUCCUCCUUCUAAAAGAGCACGGUCCCCUAGCAAUAAGAGAAAGGCUCAAGAAAAACUGAAAAAUUCUAAGGGAACUGAUCAUGACAAUACACAGAUGGGCUCUCCUUUGGUUGAAGAAGGGACGGAUCAAAAACAGGUGGAAGGAGCGAAUGUUGCAAAAAUAAAAUCACCAGGUGGCCCUUCUGCAGGCACUGAGAACUGUGAGGAACCUGAUGGGUCAGCAGACUUACUGUUGACCUAUCACGAGUCAAUGAACAUUGAAUCUGAACUUAGCGGUAGAGAGGGUGAUAUGGAGGUGGAAUUGGAAGGAGAAAUGGAAGUUGGGCACUUCAAUGAAGGUGAAGCUAAUGAUGCAGAACCAAGCUCUCAGACAGCAGCACAAUUAUCUGAAAAGAGAUCAGAAGGCAUACAUUGUCCAGAAUAUACGGAGGAAUUCUUUGCCCUGGAUGAGGUGGAUGAUUCAAAUGCUGUUCUUUCGAAGAAAGUAAGAUCUGUGCAAGGAGACAAAGUAGAUGCUAACUUUGUCAAAGAUGAGCAAGAUGUCAAAAGUCAAAGUUAUGAUGCAAGAUACAGCAUGGUUGAAAACACUGAAGUUGACGCUCAAGGUGAUGAUGAACUAAAGAUGAGCAGUCCCACAAGUGCAGAACCAUCAACUGAGCAGAUCCAGGCUCUCUCUCCUCUACCAGAUGAAUACAAGCUUGGGCCAUAUAAACCCAACAAUCCUGUAGGAUUAGAUUAUGUGGUUCCAAAAACAGGCUUCUACUGCAAACUCUGCUGUCUCUUCUACACCAGCGAGGAGACAGCAAAGCAGACUCAUUGUGGCACCAUUGAACAUUAUCAGAGACUUAAGAAAGUACUGGACAAGCAAGCUGUGGAAUACUGGAAAGAAAAGCAGCAGCAAAUCAUUCCAGAGUGACUGAACAAGAACCUACCAACCAAUGAGAAGCAUAUUUCCAGUAUUACUGAAGAUAUUGAAUAUUAACUCUGAAGACAUCUUUUAGUAAUUUAAAACUGGAAACAUUUACAUGAGUCUUGUGUUCUAAUGUUCAAAAACUUAGGGCUGCAAAAAAGUUUUGAAACAUUGAUAUGUCACAACUUUUCAUGUUCAUUUUUCUUUUUAGUUUUAAAGCUUCAUUAAAUGUAUCCCCAUUUGCAGCUAUUCUGACAGCUAUGAAAUUCAGUUACCAGUGGCUCAUUCUGAUCUUUCAUUAGUAUUUUGGACAUUUCUUACUGCGAGUUCUGUUUCUCAUCAGUACCUGCAUUGUCUUCAAACUUCCACACUAAAGCAAUGAUGAUGCUUUCAAUGGUAGAAAUAUGAAGGUUCAAAAUCUUUUUGAAGAGUGGACUUAUCCACGAAAAUAGCCCAGUGCAUCAAAAACUUCUAGCAUGCAGUACUCGUUCUGCUUAAACACCUGAAAUUUGUUUGUGGAAAGAUGAAUUUUUUAAUCACUCAUCACUAGUCAUGUUUUCUCAAACUAAUUGAUAACAUUGUAACUGAUAGUGAUGGAGUAAAAGAAAUCCAUUUUAAAAAGUAAAAUGAAAAUAAAUGAACGGAUUAAAGAAAAUGAAUCUCAUCCAUCAUUGUUUACUGCUGGUUAAAAUUGAAAUUGGAGUUCUGUUAGUUAUGUUUUCAACCAUAAGUAGGGAUUUUGUAAUCUGGAUUUGUGAUACAUUGGACCAACACUGAAAUCCAUCCAUCUCAAUCCAAACUAAGUACAUUUUAUUUUAAGAGGUUUCCUUAAGUGUGUAUACAUUGGAAAAAUGCACCACAUAUUCUGUUUUCUUAAAAUAUUCAUAAAUUUAUUUAGUCUCCUAUAAAUAGGAAAUGUUGUCGCCUUUAAACAUAAGCCAUCAUAGAUACUGACUCUGAAAGAAACUGUCAGUAUCUAAGUGUACAAAGUGCAUUUGAAUUUGAUCUCACUGCCCCACUCGAGUCUUCUUUCCUACCAUAGAUUAGCAUGAAUUGUUGUGAAAAUUUAUUUCUUCCUCCCAAAAAAGUUAUUUAGUGUAAGCUAUCGACCAUUUUGCUUUUGUAAGCAUGUUGAAGAACAACAUUCAACUCUGUGAUGUUAGAUAAAUACAGUUACAAAUCAAACUCAAUCUGCAAUGAGUGUUUUCCAAAUAUCACUUGUAUGGAUUUUCUUUAUACUGGAAAACAUACAACUCUUACUGAGUACUGUCACAUGCAGUUUCAUUAGGACCAAGUGAUCAGUUAACGUGAUGGUUAGAUGUUACAGAAAUAACCAUAAUUGUAGAGGUUUUAAUUGGUGGAAUAGUUUUCUUUUUAAGAAUACUGUUGUUGUAUUGAUUUUAACUUGUAUGUGAGGCGUUGCAAUUUCUGUGAACUUGUCAAGUCCUAAAAUGACAUAUGGGAAGGCUCAGUGAAUCUGGAUGAACCAACAAACUAAUUCUCAAUACAAGAAUAAAAAGAUGUGUGCUUUGAAAGUCCCCAAUACUGUUGUUUACAUUUCUAGACUGAUGUAGACUUGGGAUACUGUUCACAACCCCUUAUAUGGUCAAUCCAUUUGGCUUCCCAAGAUCUUAUACUUUAGUUAUGUAUAUUGAAGUGAAAUAUUUCAAGAGUGCAUGGUGAAAUCGGGACUUCCAUAUAACAUAUCUGCCUUAGGGAAUUUAGAUAUUGGGAUCAUACCUGCAUGAAAACCCACAAGAUCUGGAAUGGAAUGGUGGGGUUACUUUGCUAAGUUUAUUCCCACUGUUGUCUGUGCUCCAUCCAUUUUGAGUAUAAGCUUUCAAAAUGGAUAAUGAAGAGGCACGAAUUGCAAUGGUUGCUUCAGAUCUCGCAUAUUAUGCAAAGUCAUAUAUAAUGCAACCGAAGUUUAGAUAUUUGUGUUAAUUAUGCAUCAGUGGUGUCAUGCAUGGCCUCAAAGUUCAUUAUGUAAAUUCUUGCACAUAUUUUAAGGCUAUUUGAGAUAUUUUUGGCAUUAAUAAGGAAAUAUUCCACGAAAACCCAAACAGCUCAAAAUAAGUUUCACAGCAUUGGACUAUUUUUAAAAAAAACUCAAACAUUUGAUUUUUCUUUUAUUAAUUGUACAUUUUCUAAAUAUCAUAUGGAGUAUUUAGGAAGUGCAGUAUAAAAUUAAAGCACAGAUAUUUUACAAUCUAGGUGGAACAUAUAACAGUGGCAAAAUGAACAUUUCAAAGAACUGCUCCAAAAGCUAUGGAUUAUUGUGUUUUGUAGCUGGUAUGGUGUCAAAGAUAAGGUGAGAGGUUUCUGUCUCACUGUCCUGAAUUUAUAUAAAGUGACUUGUUAUUUUCAGUUUGUCUCCGAGUUAAACCAGGUCUUUGUCUUCAUCUGCACUUGAACUCAAAUUCUUGCUUUUGCGUUUCUUAAAGCAAGCAUGCUUCUAGAACUAAGUGUGUACUUAGUAGACUUCUGAGAUGGUGUUGGUAUUUAAAGUAUUCAGACGUAUUAAAUCAUUGCCAAUUACAACUGUGAUGUAUUCUUGUUUAAAUUUGUGGUCUUUAGUACAGAUAUUGUUUUGUAUUCAAACUGUUUAAACAUAGUUCCUUGAUUUUGAUCUAUAACGAACCAAAUACAAUACAAAGAAGCCUUGGUAGAUCACUUGCCUUCCAAACAAGGGUUCAGAAUUAACAUGCAGGAAUACCAUGCCUAUCACUAGAAUCGGAUUGACUUAGAGGGAAUGUUCCCAGUUCUUGCACAGCAUUUGGUAGCAUAAAAUUUCAGCUUGGGAAUGACUGAUACUCAUCUAGCUUAAAUGGACUUUCCAAGUAGAGAAUAGCUGAAGUAGAUGCUGCAAUAAGCAGAAAUCCUUCCUUGGACAGCAAGUUACCCAUUGAAAAAUGGGUAGUGAAAGAAGUGGACCGGCUUCCUUUGAUUUCACAUUUGAUUGUAGUGUUGUUUAAAAUUGUUUGCUUUUAAACCAUUUCUUCAACCUUGAUGUGUCUAGGAUCAGUUGGAAAACAUGCUUUAAAUGAUAAAAUGUGAAAUUGUUGGUUUAUUUUGUUUGUUUAAAAUUGUGCUGUUGAGAAGGUUGGCUGGAAUGGAGAGCCUGUUAUACCUGAACACUACACAAUAAAAACUUUUAUAUUGUUAUUGGUGAAA